GAGAACUUGAGCACCAGAAGACAGUAAAAUGUGUAACAUGUCUCAGAAAAUCCCUCACAUCAACUCCUAUACUCUCUCUCUCUAAAACCCUUCCUCUCUCUAGAUUUCUCUCUUUGAAAGCUAAAUUGAUCCAAUUUGCACUCAUUUUUCUCCUCAAUUCAUUAAAUGAUUUACCAUUUCCAUCACUCUUCACCUCAAUUUCCUUUUUUUGAGUCCAGAUUUUGAUAAACGGGCUUUUGGAUUUCAUUCUGAUUGGUUCAAAAUUUUCCGGGAAAGUAAAGGAGGAGGGAGAAGAUGAAGGUGCCAUGCUGUUCUGUGUGCCACACGCGGUACAACGAGGAGGAGAGGGUCCCGCUCUUGCUACAAUGCGGGCACGGGUUCUGCAAAGAUUGCCUCUCGCAGAUGUUUUCGGCGUCUCCCGACACGACGCUUCCGUGUCCUCGGUGUCGCCACGUGUCUGUAGUGGGGAACUCCGUUCAGGCGCUACGGAAAAACUACGCUGUCCUCUCGCUCUUGAGCUCGGACUCGAACCCAUCGGCGGGGGUGAAUUUUGACUGUGAUUGCACAGACGAUGAGGAAGAUGGCGGCGGUGGAGAUGGUGAUGAUGUGGACGGUGACGAGGACCGUCGGUGUAGCCGUGGGUCCCUCGCAUCAAGCUCUUCGGGAGGAUGCGGGCCGGUGAUCGAUGUCGGGGUGCACCAGGACCUGAAAUUGGUGCAGCGGAUAGGGGAAAGUAGGCGGGCCAGAGUGGAAAUGUGGACAGCGGUUAUUGGUGGGGGGGCUGGGCGGUGCCGGCACCGCGUGGCUGUUAAGAAGGUGGCGGUGCCAGAGGAGACCGAUAUGGAUUGGGUGUUGGGCCAGCUUGAGAACUUGAGGCGCGCUUCGAUGUGGUGCCGAAAUGUUUGUACGUUUCAUGGAGCAACGAGAAUGGAAGGGAGCUUGUGUCUUUUGAUGGACAGGUGUCGGGGGUCGGUUCAGUCCGAGAUGCAGCGGAACGAGGGAAGGCUUACAUUGGAGCAAAUCCUAAGGUAUGGGGCUGACAUUGCAAGAGGGGUGGCUGAACUCCAUGCGGCAGGUGUGGUUUGUAUGAAUUUAAAACCAUCUAAUCUUCUUUUUGACACAAGUGGUCAUGCAGUGGUUUCUGACUAUGGACUUGCUGGAAUUCUGAAAAAACCUUCCUGUCGGAAGGCUCGAUCAGAGUGUGAUUCCUCAAAAGUUCAUUCUUGUAUGGAGUGUACAAUGCUUAGCCCACAUUACGCAGCUCCAGAGGCAUGGGAGCCAGUAAAGAAGUCAUUAAAUCUCUUCUGGGAUGAUGCAAUAGGUAUAUCUGCAGAGUCUGAUGCCUGGAGUUUUGGUUGUACAUUGGUCGAAAUGUGCACUGGUUCCAUCCCUUGGGCAGGUUUAAGUGCAGAGGAAAUUUAUCGAGCUGUUGUCAAGGCUAAAAAACUUCCUCCACAGUAUGCAAGUGUAGUAGGUGUUGGGAUACCUGGCGAAUUGUGGAAAAUGAUUGGCGAAUGCCUGCAGUUCAAGGCAUCUAAAAGACCAACUUUCAAUGCAAUGUUAGCAACAUUCCUACGUCAUUUGAAGGAGAUACCACGCAGCCCUCCAGAAAGCCCUGAUAAUGACUUCGCUAAAUACUCCGGACCAAAAUUGAUGGAACCACCUCUUGUAUCUGCUCCGGAAGGUUUACAAGAUUUCUCCUGCCAUUUGCAUCGACUUGUGUCUGAAGGGGAUGUGAGUGGUGUUAGAGUUUUGCUUGGAAAGGCUGCAUUGGGAAAAAUUAAAAGCUCAACAUCUUCAUUAUUACAAGCUCAAAAUGCUGAUGGCCAAACUGCUCUCCACCUGGCUUGUAGACGUGGUAGCGCAGAACUUGUUGAGGCUAUUUUAGAGUUCAGAGAGGCAGAUGUAGACAUUUUGGAUAAAGAUGGAGAUCCUCCACUUGUUUUUGCGUUAGCAGCUGGAUCACCAGAAUGUGUCCAAGCUCUCAUUAAAAGAGGUGCCAAUGUGAGAUCUAGAUUGAGGGAAGGCUUUGGUCCGUCUGUUGCUCAUGUCUGUGCCUACCAUGGUCAACCUGACUGCAUGCGUGAGCUGCUACUGGCUGGUGCUGAUCCUAAUGCAGUGGACGAUGAAGGGGAAUCUGUACUGCACAGAGCUAUUUGCAAGAAAUAUACAAACUGCGCUCUGGUCAUAAUGGAAAAUGGAGGCAGUAGAUCAAUGGCUGUUUUGAAUUCAAAAAGUUUGACACCAUUGCAUUUGUGUGUGGCAACAUGGAAUGUGACUGUUGUCAGAAGGUGGGUGGAAGUCGCAACUGCAGAAGAGAUUGCUGAUGCAAUUGAUAUACCAAGCCCAGUUGGCACUGCGCUGUGUAUGGCUGCUGCUGUAAAGAAAGAUCAUGAGACUGAGGGAAGAGAACUGGUGCAGAUAUUGCUUGCUGCUAGAGCAGAUCCAACUGCCCAAGAUGCUCAACAUGGACGGACAGUUUUGCAUACAGCUGCGAUGGCUAAUAAUGCUGAGUUAGUCAAGAUUAUUCUUGAUGCUGGGGUUGAUGUGAACAUCCGGAAUGUGCACAAUACAAUUCCCCUUCACGUAGCUUUGGCCAGAGGGGCAAACACAUGCAUCGGAUUGCUUCUAUCUGCUGGGGCAAACUGUAAUAUGCAGGAUGAUGAAGGUGACAAUGCUUUCCAUAUAGCAGCAGAUGCAGCAAAAAUGAUACGCGAAAAUCUUGUAUGGCUCAUUGUCAUGCUUAGAAAUCCUGAUGCUGCUGUGGAAGUCAGAAACCAUAGUGGCAAGACAUUGCGGGACUUUUUGGAGGCCCUUCCCCGGGAAUGGAUCUCUGAAGAUCUGAUGGAGGCACUCAUGAUUAGGGGAGUUCGUCUGUCCCCUACCAUAUUUGAAGUAGGAGACUGGGUGAAAUAUAGAAGAAGUAUCACAACUCCUACAUAUGGGUGGCAAGAUGCAAAACACAGCAGUGUGGGCUUUGUGCAGAGCGUUCCAGACAAGGACAAUCUCAUUGUGUCCUUUUGUUCUGGAGAGGCUCAUGUUUUGGCCAGUGAAGUUAUUAAAGUCAUUCCAUUAGACAGGGGACAGCAUGUCCAGCUAAAACCUGAUGUCAAAGAGCCCAGGUUCGGUUGGCGUGGGCAGUCUCGUGACAGUAUUGGUACCGUAUUGUGUGUUGAUGAUGAUGGGAUAUUGCGUGUUGGGUUUCCUGGAGCAUCCAGAGGAUGGAAAGCUGAUCCUGCAGAAAUGGAAAGAGUUGAAGAAUUCAAGGUUGGGGACUGGGUUCGUAUUCGCCCCACUCUUACAACAGCAAAGCAUGGUUUAGGAUCUGUAACACCAGGGAGCAUUGGUAUAGUGUAUUGUAUCAGACCAGACAGUAGCUUGUUGUUGGAACUUAGUUAUCUUCCAAAUCCAUGGCAUUGUGAACCAGAGGAGGUUGAGUCUGUUGCCCCUUUCAGGAUUGGUGACCGGGUGUGUGUCAAGCGAUCUGUUGCAGAACCUAGAUAUGCAUGGGGUGGUGAGACACAUCAUAGUGUUGGAAGAAUAAGUGAGAUAGAGAAUGAUGGUCUCUUAAAAAUUGAAAUACCAAAUCGACCAAUACCCUGGCAGGCCGAUCCUUCUGACAUGGAAAAGGUGGAAGACUUUAAGGUUGGGGAUUGGGUUCGAGUGAAAGCUUCAGUAUCCUCUCCAAAAUAUGGGUGGGAGGAUAUCACAAGGAACAGCAUUGGGGUAAUUCAUAGCUUGGAGGAGGAUGGUGAUAUGGGUGUUGCCUUCUGCUUCAGGAGCAAGCCUUUUCGUUGCUCUGUGACGGAUGUGGAGAAGGUACCUCCUUUUGAAGUAGGACAAGAGAUUCAUGUGAUGCCAUCUGUUACUCAGCCACGACUUGGAUGGUCAAAUGAAACUCUUGCUACUGUUGGAAAAAUAAUGAGAAUUGACAUGGAUGGUGCUUUGAAUGUGAGAGUGGCAGGCCGACGAAGCUUGUGGAAAGUUUCUCCUGGAGACGCAGAAAGACUUUCUGGUUUUGAAGUGGGUGAUUGGGUACGUUCAAAACCAAGCCUGGGAACUAGACCAAGUUAUGACUGGAACAGUAUUGGAAAAGAAAGUUUAGCAGUGGUGCAUAGUGUACAAGAGACUGGUUAUCUAGAGUUGGCCUGCUGUUUCCGUAAGGGGAGGUGGAUUACUCAUUACACAGAUGUUGAAAAGGUUCCGUGCUUUAAAGUUGGGCAGUAUGUUCGGUUCCGGCCUGGAAUGGUUGAGCCACGGUGGGGUUGGAGAGGGGCGCAGCCUGCUUCUCGAGGAAUUAUAACUAGUGUUCAUGCUGAUGGGGCAGUACGGGUCGCAUUCUUUGGUUUGUCAGGGUUGUGGAGAGGAGAUCCUGCGGAUCUAGAGAUAGAGCAAAUGUUUGAAGUGGGAGAGUGGGUGAGUUUGAGAGUUAAUGCAAGUAAUUGGAAAUCCAUUGGACCAGGUAGUGUUGGUGUAGUGCAAGGGAUCGGAUAUGAAGGAGACGAAUGGUAUGGAACCACUUAUGUUGGGUUUUGUGGGGAGCAAGAAACGUGGGUGGGGUCUACUUCCCAUCUCGAAAAAGCGGACAGGCUCAUGGUUGGCCAAAAGGUUAGAGUUAAACUAUCUGUCAAGCAGCCCAGAUUUGGGUGGUCAGGCCACAGCCAUGGAAGUGUUGGAACCAUAUCUGCUAUUGACGCUGAUGGAAAACUGAGAAUAUAUACUCCAGCUGGCUCAAAGGCUUGGAUGCUGGAUCCAUCAGAAGUAGAGCUGGUAGAAGAGCAAGAGCUUUGUAUCGGAGACUGGGUUAGGGUUAGGGCAUCAGUUUCAACCCCAACCUACCAAUGAGAGGCGAGUCAUUCAAGCAUUGGGGUGGUGCACCGGAUGGAAGAUGGGGAACUCUGGGUGGCAUUUUGCUUCAUUGAGAGGCUGUGGCUUUGCAAAGCUUCAGAGAUGGAGAGGGUUAGGCCAUUCAAAGUGGGGGACAAGGUGAGGAUUAGAGAAGGGCUGGUGACCCCACGCUGGGGGUGGGGAAUGGAGACCCAUGCAAGUAAGGGACAAGUGGUUGGUGUAGAUGCAAACGGGAAGUUAAGGAUUAAGUUCCGAUGGAGAGAAGGGAGGCCAUGGAUUGGAGAUCCGGCUGAUAUUGUCCUUGAUGAGAGCUCAUUUGGCACAAUGGGCAAUUCAUGAUACCAUCCUACCUAUGUUCCUUUCAGUUGUCUCAUCACCCCUUUUGGAUUUUUGGCCUCAGGUCAUUUAGAGAAGUGGAAGCCAUUACCACGCAACAUAGCUUGGACCUACUUUGAACUCAUAGCUUGGAGUAACAACGGUAUUUACAUAUUGCUAAUAAACAGAAGAACAUAAGGGAUAUGACCAGACAGAAAAGAGGGUGGGGAGUGGGGGGGGAAUUGGGUUGUUUUUCUGUUAAUCACAGGGUAUACAAAGGCGAUGCAGAGGCAACCAAAGAGAAACGGUGCGGUAGGUCAUUUGUAUUUCAUUGAUGAGUUUGUAGUCGACAGGCUUUUGAGGUAUAUAUAUACAUAUAUAAUGGUUAUUUAUGUUGUACAAAUCGAACUCCUUGAUCAUGUGUCUCACUUGGUAUGCGAUAUUACAUUGUCUUUAA